AUGUGGGAUGCAAUACUGAUCAGAGGGCAAUCUGUUGGCCCUGGUAACAUAGAUUCUUCUCAGGAAGCCAAAAUAUAUCUGCUGGCAGCAAGGUCAAAUGAGAUUCACAGUUUGCCAGCUCUCUCCUCAAGUUGUAGAAAACAAAUAGAAAAACAACAUACAAAAAUCCUCACAAAAGUAGGUUUUUUUUUUAAUAUACAAAUCUCUAUAGUGACCAGAUUAUCUGGUCUGUGCUAUGCAACAUGGAGAUACAAUGCUGAGGUUCACCAGGGGAAGGAGAAUGGGUGUGUGGAAGGAUCUGGAUGCUGA